AAUAAAAUCAUGGCUUAUACAAAAAUAUCUAAAGUUAAAGAAGAGGAUGUUCUUGAAUGUUUUCUUUAUCCAAAAAUUUGUUACACAAAACCUUCAGUGACUAUAACAGAAGAAAUACUUGUACAAGAAAUUACAAAAUACAAUAAAGAAAUUGCACCAUAUAUUGAAGAUUAUAUUUGGCAUAAUGAUAAUUUAACUUUUAAUCCUAGAACAAAGGAAGCAUUAUUAUUAGAAAAGCUUAUUGAAAAUUCUACAGUUGUAGAAGAAUGUAACAUAUUGCCUCACAUUUAUGUACGAUUAUGUUUCGAUGAAGAUAUAAGUGAUGAGUGGUUUACAGUCUUUCUAAUAUUUAAUCUUACACAAAUUUUUGAUGGGUUAAUUGCUAAAGUUGUAGAUUCUGAUGGUGAAUUUCUGUUAAUUGAAGCUGCAAAUGUUUUACCCCCAUGGGCUAAUCCUGAAACAUGUGAAAAUCAUGUAUUUAUAUAUAAUGGUGAACUGCACAUUGUUCGUGAAAAACAUAAGACAUUGUUGAAUUUAUUAAAUAAUGUUCGAGAGAAAACAUAUCUUUUCAAAGCUUCUGAAAAAGUACAAGAUGUGUUAAGAAAACGAAUUAACAUUUAUCCUGAUGAGAUUAAAAAAAGACAUCAUAAAGCUCGAGUUUUUCUACCAGAAAAAGCAGUUUCAAUACUUCGACAAGAACCAAGAUUGGUUGCAUUAGUUGUCAGAACUAUUUGUCACUCUGAUCCAAUUGAGAGAAAAGUUUGUCGUGCUAUGAAAUAUUUUCCUCCUGAGCAGCGUAUUAUGGUUAAUGUAAAAAUGACAAAAUGUUUGUAUGCUAUGGCAAAUCAUUGUCGGUAUACAGGAGAUCCAAGAACAGGCUGGAAUAUACCACCAAUAACUUGUUCAAAGUAUAAUGCUCAUAUACUUGGAAUUAAAAUAGCAUGUGGUUUAGAAAUGUUAGUUGCUCGUGCAAAUGAAGAACGUAGAAAAAGAGAAAAAAGAUCAGUUAAUGAUUCAGAAAAAUUAAAAGCAAAUGAAGGUGUUUUAAAUGCAUAUUUAACUCGUUUAGAAGUUAGUGGCUACUUUAGAAAUUUAUUAAAAGGCAGUGAAGAAUAUGAAAAGCUCUUGAAUGCAGCGAAAGAUUAUUACUUGAAAUAUUUUAAUCUAUAUAAUUCUAUUACCAACACUAAUAAGAGUGAUGCUGAAAAAAUUUUAGAAGCAUGGGAAAACAUACAGUCUAAUGAUGUUGAAUUGCAUGUUCAAGAUGAAGGUGCAUUGAGCCCUGCAGAUAGUGAUAGUUGGUUAAAUGUAGAUCCAGUACAGUUAGAAACGUAUUUAAGUGAGAAAUGGGGAAAUGUUAAAAGCAAGAAAUACGAGCAAGAAUCAUUAAGUCUUAAAGAAAAAGUACAAAUGUUCUUAAAUCAAAAUAGCGAUAUUGAUGGUGUACAAUUCCUAGAAGAUCUUUCAUCAGAAGCUUAUGUAAUGCAUGACCCAGAAGACAAUGGCAAAGUUGAAUUCGAUGCAGAUAUAUUUGACAGUACAUUGAAAGGUAUAUUAGACUUGGUUGUUCCAGGAAAUGAAGACGAAUUUGAAGGAAGUUCAGAAGGUUCCUUAGGUGAAGACGAUGAAGAUAAAAGGAAUGAAAUGGAUAAAUAUAUGCGAUUGUUAAAUUCUGAAUUACAAUCUGAAAUGGAAAAAGAUGAGGAUUCUGAAAUGAAUAAAGACUCUGAUAUUAUAGAAGAUAAUUUAAUAAAAAGUAUUACAGAGGAAGCAGGUGGUUCAGGACCAACUGGAAAUAUAAUAGGUGGACCUACUCGACGACUUCUGCAUUUGCAAUUACAAUCACCCACUAAAAUACCUCCUGAUUUACAAAGUUAA